GACUUGGUUAUGGUAGUAUUAGGUUAGUAAGUUUGAAAUAGGGCACAACUCAAGGACUUGAAUGAAGUCAGUAUUGGAUCUAGAGAUUAAAUCUAUGGUCAUUUAAGAUUAGAUUAAUAUGAAAUACCAAAAUGUUCUUGUCAACAUUUUUGAGCACCUUUGCUGUGCUGGAGGGUGUCAUUUUCGGAGAUAAAGAUCAGAUAGCCUCUGUCUUUUAGGUUCCAUUGCAGCCUUUGAAGGAGACAGAUUUCAUCCUUUGGUAAGAAUGAAACCAAAAGGCACAUGGAAUGUAAAGAGCAUAGAGGAAUGUAUUUAGUCUAAUAGAGUUUAAGGGAGACUUCUGAAUUAGAUAUAACCUAAACUGAGUCUUGAAGGAUCAGUAAGAGUUAGCUGUGAGUAGUAAGUAUUAAAGGAUGUACGACAGCAUAAGAGAAGGUACAUGUGAUGAAAUGGACUGUAAAUAGUAGGAUAUUCUUAGAAGAAGUUUGAGGUGAAGAGUGACUUCUGAUGAGUCUAAGAGGGUAAGCAAGAACAAGAUAAUGAACAGCCUUAUAUGCUAUGCUAAAAAUUCUGCAUUUUGUAGAUCAAAGGGAGUUCUUUUGAAUAAUGACAUGGUGAGAUUUGCAUUUGAGAAAUCACUGCCUGAAGAUUGAUUUAUGGGGCAAGACCAAAGGCAAGGAGACACAUCAGGAGACAGUCUGGUAAUCCAGAUGAGAGGAAUAAGGCCUUAGCUCAAUGGCUACUAGCAGAAGAUGGUGGAUCGCUUGGCAAACAGUGAAGCAAAUACUAGACGUAUAAAUAUAGUAGAAAACUGUUUUGGAGCAGCUGGUCAACCCUUAACUAUACCAGGAAGGGUUCUUAUUGGAGAAGGAGUAUUGACUAAGUUGUGCAGAAAAAAGCCCAAAGCAAGGCAAUUUUUCUUAUUUAAUGAUAUUCUUGUAUAUGGCAAUAUUGUCAUCCAGAAGAAAAAAUAUAACAAACAACAUAUUAUUCCCCUGGAAAAUGUCACUAUUGAUUCCAUCAAAGAUGAGGGAGACUUAAGGAAUGGAUGGCUUAUCAAGACACCAACUAAAUCAUUUGCAGUUUAUGCUGCCACUGCCACUGAGAAAUCAGAAUGGAUGAAUCACAUAAAUAAAUGUGUUACUGACUUACUCUCCAAAAGUGGGAAGACACCCAGUAAUGAACAUGCUGCUGUCUGGGUUCCUGACUCUGAGGCAACUGUAUGUAUGCGUUGUCAGAAAGCGAAAUUCACACCUGUUAAUCGUCGUCACCAUUGCCGCAAAUGUGGUUUUGUUGUCUGUGGGCCCUGCUCUGAAAAGAGAUUUCUUCUUCCAAGCCAGUCCUCUAAGCCUGUGCGGAUUUGUGACUUCUGCUAUGACCUGCUUUCCACCGGGGACAUGGCCACGUGCCAGCCUACUAGAUCAGACUCUUACAGUCAAUCAUUGAAGUCUCCUUUAAAUGAUGUAUCUGAUGAUGAUGAUGAUGAUGAUAGCAGUGACUAAGGACAUAUUUUGAAAUAUUUAAUUGGGUGUGACUACCUGAGAAAUCAGCUCUGGGAGAACAUAGAAUUCUGAGCUUUCUCUCAGUUUUGCUCUAGCCAUGAAUUUGCCUGAGAAUCUUUUAACCUAUGUGCCUCGAUAUAUUCUAUAGAAAAUAGGUCCUGUCAUUUUGUCCCCCCACCCCCACCCAACUCCCCGCUCUUCUACAGGGAUAGACUUUUGCAAAUCUACCAGAUAAAUUUUUGGUUUCUUAUUCUUGUUUAAUUUUAGAUUAUUUUGUUGGAAGGUUGAGAAAAGAUUUUUUUUUAACAGAUCAUGUAUUACAUUGAUGUUUACUAUAUGUUCUGUUAUAUGGAAAUACUAAAAGCAAAAAAUGAUGGAAAAAGUUGUAUAACGCAGUUAGCUAAUAUUAUUAGCUUUUUUCCUAACCAUUCUAUGUAAUGGUUAAGACACCAGUAACAAAAAAACGUGAUUUGAAAAUACUUUGUUCGGCUUUUUCGUAUACCAAGUGGUGCCUUAUCAUAAUAGCACUGUUAAAUGAAAUAAGCCCCUACCUUCUCACUUUUAGUUUGUUUUGAAAAUACACUGGUGCUCUUUGAGGUGAUAAAAUGAGUAUUUAUGAAUGGGUAUAAUUAGAAAAUACUUCUCAUCUGCAAGCUACAAAUAACUAAAUUUAGAGCUUCUUCAUUCUAUAUGAAUAUUUUUCCAUAAAAUAGUUGUGAUUAUAUUUUUAUGUUUUAUAGGUACCAAAUUGUCAAAUAUAUAUUUUAAAUUAAUAGGUUGUCAUUCUUAGGGAUUUGAUUUGAAAUUGUCACACUGCAUUAGUUUCUACUUUUAGUAAAGCAUAUUUGUAGGUAUAAAUUCAUCUGCUUUAACAUUAUUUCUAGAAUGAAAAAUCUUACAAAACUUUUGAAAUUAAACAAUCUCUUUAAAAAAAAAAAAAUCCCACGAUAGAGCAUAGAUCUACUUGGGUUGAAGACUUGGAAGAAAUAAUGUGUAAGAAUGAUGAAGACGGACCAGUUAAGUUUGACUAGACUUAUAUUGGUGGAAGUAUUGUCUAUUUCAGUGUGAAACUAUCUUGAAUUUGCAAAUAUAGUGUUAUAUUUUAUAAAGUUUUGUAAAGUCCCAAAUGAUACUUCUAUUUUUGUAAAACAAUUAUAUGUUAAUCUGUUUCUGAAAUCAUUUUGCAGUCUAUAGAAAUAGAGUAGCAGUUGAUCUUUCUAAAUUGUAAACUUCAUUGAGUCAGCCUAGAUUGCUUUUGAGAAUUAGUAAUUUUUCACUUUUUGCUUUUGAGGCAGCCAUUUAGGUUGAAAGUAUAUUUAUCAUAUAAAACUUGAUGCAUUUUGCACUAUUCUCUCCAUUUGUAUGCUGCAAAUAACUACAGUCUUUCAAAUAUGAAGAAAUCAGCCUAAGGUUUAUUUUAAAUUCCAAACUUCUGUGUUUUUAAAUAUUUAAAUCUGGAUAUAUUGCAGAUGUCAUGACUGUUUGAUUCAGUAAUGUGACGGAGAAUUUUUGGGUUUGGGUAAGGCACUAACUUUACUGUUAGAUUGUGAAAGCAUCUGAGAUACAUAGAUUUCCCUGUAGGAAAUGUGAAACAAAGCCACAACAGUUUUUUUUGUUUGUUUUAAUAUCAUAUGGACAUUGUUUCCAAGCAAUAUAUACAGUAUAAUUGCAGUAUAAUUAAUCAACAUAUCUCAAAAAGACCAUGAAGCCUGAGAAGUGCUAAUGGAGACUUUCUGGUACAUAGGAACCCAGCAAAUUCAAGAACCAAGGGGAAAUCUGGGAUGACAUUUGCAUUGUCAACCUUUAUUGACUCUGUUUUUACAAUAAAAAAUAUCUUACAACUUAA